UGGACGGGGGGGGGGGGUUGGACUUGAAGUUCAAGAGGCAGGGAGUGGGAUUUCCCUGGCAGCAGAGAGGUGUGUGGCAGCUACUCCACGAGGAUCCAUCCACAGCCAUUCAGGGGCGAUAGAUCAGAGAGCCAGAGACGGGCCAGGAGGGUUUACCAGGCACAGGGGCGUCAAGGUCUUCAAACCCAUCCAGACAGGAGUAGACUGAGAGCUGAGGAGACCAGAUAUGGGCCUGGCCAAUGAACAUGGGAACUCCCUCGAGGAGCCAGAGUCGCGUCACAUGCUCAUCAAAGGGCCGGGGGCCCCUCCCCCCAAGAAGGAGCGACCGGGGCCCCUGGCACUGCGCAGGCAGCACUGCAAGGUGGCCCCCAGAGACGUCUUCACUGACACCAUGUUGGCAGUGGGCGGCUGGACUCAGGAUGAUCCGUCGUGUCCGGUGGAACAGUUCUGUCCGGAGUACAACGAGUGGAGGGUGGCGGCACCCAUGGUCAAUCGCCGUGGCAACGCGGCAGUGGGAACCCUGGGCGGCAAGGUGUACACAGCCGGAGGACAGGACAGCAUCCGUUGCUACGACAACGUGGAGCGGUACGACCCACACACGGAUGUCUGGAGUGUAGAAAUAGCCCCACUGAGCAGCCCCCGCACAGGAGUCUGUCUGCUGGAGACGGAUGGAUACCUGUACGCCAUCGGUGGCUGGGACGGCAUCACUGCCAGCAGUGCCGUGGAGAGGUACGACCCGGUGCUGAACUCCUGGAGCAGACAGGCCCCCAUGAGGACCAGGCGCUCCCACUCUGGGGCCGUCCUGCUGGGGGGGCACCUCUACGUCAUGGGGGGCCGUGAUGGAGAUACAGUCCUGAACUCAGUGGAGCGCUACUGCCCUGAGGAGGGCUCCUGGUCCGCCUGCCCCCCCAUGAGGAGUGCCCGGGAGGGGGCGGGCUGCACCGCCUACCUGGGCCAGCUCUACGUGGCCGGGGGCCGGGACGAGCUGCGGCUGGACCUCAGCGCUGUGGAGCGCUACGACCCCGACACCAGGAGGUGGAGCCCCGUGAAGCACAUGACCUGCAAGAGGAACCAGGCGUCGCUGGUGGUCUUCAACGGAGCCCUGCUGGCGGCGGGGGGGUCCGACGGCGUGGUCCACCUGAAGAGCGUGGAGGUGUACAACCCCGAGAGCAACACGUGGAGGUAGGAACCCCAGAGCCCCCAGACCGAGCCC